UUCUUCCAUCAUGACGUCGUUGGCUCUCCAGCUGAAGAGACUCGCUCUGCCUCAGAGUGAUGUCAACCUUCUGACCCGGAAGGAGGUGGCCUCGCUGCUCUUUGACCCUAAAGAUGCAGCGACCAUGGACAGGAGCACCUUCUACGCUCUGGGCUGUACGGGACUGGAGGAGCUGCUGGGAAUCGAACCAGCACUUCUGGAGUUCCAGGACACUCUGUUUAGCCUGGGCUCCAUGACUCUGGAGCGCAGCGUCCAGUCCAGAGAGGUCAACGAGAAGCUGGACAAAAGCGUCUCGCUCUUCCUCGCGCGCCUCUGCCCGUAUUUCCUCCUCAAACCUGCUCACAAGUGCAUCGAAUGGCUGGUUCACCGCUUCCACAUCCAGCUGUACAACACUGACAGCCUGCUGGCGUGCGCGCUGCCGUAUCACGACACCAACGUGUUUGUCAGAGUCCUGCAGCUGCUGAAGAUCAAAGACGCCUCCAGCCGCUGGAACUGGCUGCAGGGUCUGCAGAAACCGGGCGUGCCGCUGUCCAAGACGACUCUGAUCACUCACUGCUACUCAGACCUGAGCUUCAUGGACUUCAUCUGCACCAUGGUGACCCGCUCCAUCCAGGCGUACUCUGGACUCUCAGACCGCUUCUCCCAGCUCAGGGUCAUCUUCUCCUUCUAUGCGUCCACCAUUGUCCCUGCUCUGGACGCCGUGGACAACGUUUCUGACGCCAUCAUUGCCAAGCUGCUGCCAUACGUUCAGACGGGUCUCAAGUCUCCCCUCUCGGACUUCAAAGCUGCCUCCUACAUGAUCGUGUGCCAGCUCGCCGUGAAGGUGGUGAUGGAGGCCGGUCUGGUGGACAGCCUCGCCGUGCACGUCAGCAAGUCUCUGCUCAAAGAGCCGGUUUUAGCCCAGGAGGGCCUGGGCUGCCUCACAGUCUUGUUGCAGAACCAGAAGGAUGGCGCCGUCGGGCCCAGGGCGGUGGGCUGGCUGUGCUCGAUGCCGGCGCUCGUCUCCACGCUGCAGGUCCUAGCAGAGACUCAUGAUGUCGGUCCACUGCUGCGGUACCUGCUGCCCCACCUGGUCCAGAACCUGUUCAUCUGCAGCUCAGGUGAGACAAACGGGCUCGUUGUGUUGGAGUCCGUCCUGAAAUCUGUCCCACUGACCAAAGACCUGGACCAGAUCGUGGCCCGGUUGCUAUUGGACCUGUAUCUGAGUCAGACCCAACGUUCUGCUGAAGACUUGAUGAUCCUGGACCAGGGUCUGCAGCCUCUGGUCCGGCUGUUUGAGUCCAGGUACGGGGGUGCUCUGGACAUUGUCCUCUCUGGUUCUGUGACCGACCCGCAGCAGAAACGUCUCUUCCACCGGUUCCUGUCCCUGUCCACAAGCAGUGGGAAGCACCAGAUUUUAGGCGACUCAGACACAUCCCUGGUCCUCAGUCUUAAACAUCCACGAGCGUCCGUCCGAGUGUCGGCUGUGGAGCACCUGAUGGAACUCAUCACCUCCAGACAGCAGCAGAGUCUGGAUGAGACAUUCCUGAAAGACGCCGUCCUGGAGCGUCUGAAGGACGACGUUCCUGAAGUGGUCGCAGCAGCGCUCAGAGUUCUGCAGAUGCUGCUUGAUGUUCUGGACCCAGAGGAGGUCGUGUUGUGUUUACUGUCUCUGCUGGACAGAGCUGAAAUGUCCAAGGCUGCGUCAUGGCUGCCCGUACUGACGGAGGCGAUGCGUUUACUGUCCGACCCCCGGCUGGGAAAAGGCGACUCUGAGUUUGUACAGAGGACGAGCUGGAAGCUGCUUCCCUUCCUGGUGGUCACCUCGGCUGAGCUCGGCCUCGCCGGCUGCGUGGCCCGCUGCUCCACCCUCACCCAGAACCCCCUCACCCACAACUGGGUCCACGAGCUGGAUGAGAUGAUGGAGAGAAGGUCCGAACCCGGGUUUGUUGGUUCUGCCAACCAGCGCCUGGUCUCCACCCUCAGCAAGAACCUGGGGAAGAUGGACGUCUUCUCCAGAUGGGAUGCUCUGGAGAAACUGGUUUUGCUGGUGGAACGGCAGCCGGGGUCCGGUGUCAGCAGGAGGGCCUCCUUCCUGGUUCUGACCCGGACUCUGCUUCUUGGUCUGGGGGAGCUGAGUGAGACCCAGCACCUGCUGAUGGCUCAGAGGGUCUACACGGUGCUGGAGCCCCCACUGUUGGAGGUCAUCAGGACUGAUGUCCAGUCACAGGAAGCUGAGCGUCCAGUUUCUGGCCCCGCCUCUUUCUCUGAAGCCCUGACGUUCUACCUGAGCAGGUGUGAGGAGCAGCCAGGUGAGCGUUUGGACCAGGAGUUUGGCUCGGUUCUGAUGGUUCUGCUCAGGGACUUCAUCUCCUCACUCAGGUGUCCCGACACCUCCUUCAAAGGAGGUUCCUGGUGGAACCCGGAGAAGCUGGACACAAACACCUGCUGCUACCUGGGUCUGCUCUGUCGUGUCUUCAAUCUCGUCCUCAGCGGUGACGGCGCGGGUCCGACAGCCAGAGUCUUCAGGGACCUGAUGAAGCUGCUCGUCCAGGUCCACCUGCCAGAGCCGGCUUCCCUCUUCAGGUUCUUGUGUGUCCUGUGGGGGUAUGGUUGUAACCAUGGAGACCAGCUGGACGUGAAGGUGGGGGCCGUCCUUCAGACCCGGGCUCUGUACGUGGGUCGAGUUCUGCUGGACUGCUGGACUGUCCCCAGGCUGGACGAGCUGGCAGCUGCAGACUCACCUGUGGUCCCGUCCAUGCUGUGCUGUCUCACUUCCCCGGUGCAGGAGGUCCGACGGGCUGCCCUCAGCGUCCUGCAGAGCCUAUCAGGAUCCAGGAGCUCCCCCUUUCAGCCAAUCACAGAGCGGCUGCUGAAGACCUCUGAGGAGCUGCUCUCCGACCCGUUGUACCUGAGCACCGUUCUCGGAGUCCUUCAUGACGAGUCUUCAUCCAGCAAACAGAAGAAGCUGCAGGAGUCGCUGCAGCAGCUGCUGAGGAGCGUCCAGAACCCCUGCUGCCCGUCCUACAGCGCCGCCGCCCUGCUGCGAGCGCUCAGCCUCGUUAACGGACCGUCCAUCAUGGCAGCCCUGCUACCCGUUCUGGACCGGCUCCUGGACCAGAUGGGUCCAGACGUCCCGACCCUGCUGCAGAGUGAGACCCAGCUGCUACGGCUGGUUCUGGGGAAGUUUAACGAGACGUCUGCACCGCUGCUGAGCCGGGACCAGAACUGUUUGGACCUGUUCGUCAGAGCCUUGCAGCUGCCUGGGUGUCAGGUUUAUGCUCUGGAGCAGAUCACCAAGCCGUUCUUCUCAGCUCUGGGAGACGAGAAGGUGCAGCAGAAGCUUCUAUCGGUGAUGUUGGACCUGCUGGUGGACAGCAGGAGUCCUCUGGUGGCAGGCAUGAUCAGUAGUGUCUUCAAAACGAUCUCUGUUGAUGCUCAGCUGGUGGCCAACGAGCUCACCCCUCCAGACAAACCAAAGGUCAGCGUGACAGUGCAGCAGACCCGCCGGAGCAAGAUGGCCCUGAGAAAAGCUCCAGACAGUGACGGUGUGGGUCCAGAGGGGGGCGCUGUGCCGUGGCAGAGAGUCACUCUGAUCCUGGAGCUGCUGCAGCACAAGAAGAAGCUGAAGAGGGCCCAGGUGUUGGUGCCGGUUCUGUUUUCUCUGCUCUCCAGGUGUUUGGACCCGUGUGCAGGUGACAUAACCAACAUGGAGUACACCAAGCAGCUGCUGCUCAGCUGUUUGCUCAACAUCUGUAACAAACUGUCUCCUGAUGGAGGUCCAGUGGCUGCAGACGUCCUUGAUGAGGACAAGUUCAGCGUGGAGCUUGUGGUUCAGUGCAUUAGAACGUCCGAUGUGCCGCAGACUCACCACCACGCCUUGCUGCUGCUGGGCGCCGUCGCCUCCAUCUUCCCUGAGAAAGUCCUCCACAACAUCAUGCCCAUCUUCACCUUCAUGGGCGCCAACAUCCUGCGCCUGGACGACGCCUACAGCUUCAGGGUGAUCGAGAAGACGCUGCAGAUGGUCAUACCUGCGCUCAUCCAGGCCCACCGCUUCUCUGACGGCUCCGCCUCCUCCAACAUGGUUGUCGUGGUGACGAAGAUCGUGCACGUGUUUGCCGACUCGCUGCCUCACGUGCCCGAGCACCGACGGCUGCCCAUUCUGAGUCAGCUGGUGGCCACGCUAGGCCCCGCCCACUUCCUGUGGGUCCUGAUGCUGCUGCUGUUGAAGCUUCACGCCACACAGAGCGGCAGCGAUAAGGAUGUGGACCUCUGGGUGUCUCUGUGCUGUCAGUUCGACGUCAGCCACCAGCUCUCCUGCCUCAGGAACAUCCUGAACUUCCUGCUGCAGCUGCCGGACGACAGAGACGAAGCUGCAGCGAAGCGUCCCGGCGGCCAGCGAGCUGCGAAGAAGAAGAAGGAGGAGGAGGAGAAGGUGGAGGAGCUGAUCUUCAGUGUGGAGGCUCACAGCAGCAAAGAGCUGCGACACUUUAAGUUCCUCUGCGUCUCCUUCAUGGCCCACCUGCUUGGCUCCAACAGCUUCAUCCAGAAGGUGGCAGACGGAGGAGACACCAUCUGUUCUUCUCUACAGCAGAGGCUGCUGGAGGACAUCCUUCGGUACAUCCAGAGCGUGGCUUGCUCUGUGGAGCAGAACGCCGACAAACCCACAGCCAAGUUCUGGAGAGUUCUGCUCAACAAGGCCUACGAGGUUCUGGACAAGGUGAACGCCUUGCUGCCCACAGACACCUUCAUCACGGUGAUGAGGGGGCUGAUGGGAAACGAGCUGGCGUCAGUCCGGAGGAAGGCCAUGGAGCUGCUGAACAACCAGCUGCAGCACCGAACCCAGUGGGACGAGCAGCAGGUAUCCGUGCUGCUGCAGCUGACCUCUGACCUGCUGAGCAUUGUGGGGAAAAGUCAUACAAUGGUCUCUGAGGAGGCGGAGCUUGCCAUCAACAGGCAGACAGCGCUCUACAGCCUCAAGCUGCUCUGUCGCAGUUUUGGCCCCGCCCACCAGGAGACGUUUGUUCCUGUUCUGCAGCAGGCUGUGGACAUAGUCACGGCGACGGAACAGGAGAAGAACGUGACGAGCAGCGCUCUGCUCUGCAUCGCUGAGGUGGUCAGCACUCUGAAGACGCUAGCCAUCCCUCAGUUACCCAGGUUGGUGCCAGCAGUUCUGCACACGCUCCGUGACAGGAAGGAGCUGCUGACCAAUGAGAUCUACCUGCUGAGCGCCGUCACAGCUCUGCAGCGAAUCACAGAGACGCUGCCGCACUUCAUCAGCCCGUACCUGCAGGACACCAUCUUACAGGACCAGCUGGGGGCGCUGAUGAGCAUCCUGAAGGAACACUUCGGUCACAUGACCAAAGAGGAGCUCAGCUUCCACCAAUCAGAGCUCACCUCCUUCUUCCUCACCGGGCUGGACUUCCGUGCCAAACACUGCCAGGGCGACCUGCAGAACACGUCUCAGGUGGAGAGUGAGGUCAUCGACUGUCUCAUCGUCAUGGUGAUGAAACUGUCGGAGGUCACCUUCAGGCCACUUUUCUUCAAGCUGUUUGACUGGAGUAAAUCGGACAGUAAGGACCGCCUCCUGACGUUUUACUGCCUGUGUGACGGCAUCGCUGAGCGCCUCAAAGGACUCUUCGUACUGUUCGCCGGAAACCUGGUGAAAGCGCUGGCAGACAUCUUGACCCGGACCAACAGUUCCACCACAGACGAGCUCAUCUUUGACUCGGAACGGUCCGAGGAGAAGAACUGCCUGUUGCUCCAGUUGGUUCUGGAUUGUCUCCAGAAGAUUUUCCUGUACGACACUCAGAACUUCCUGAACCGGGACCGGGCCGACACCCUGCUGGUUCCGCUUGUGGACCAGCUGGAAAACCGUCUGGGUGGGCCGCAGGUCUACCAAAACCGGGUCACUCAGCACCUGGUUCCUUGUGUGGGUCAGUUCUCUGUGGCGCUGGCCGAUGACCUGCAGUGGAAGACACUGAACUACCAGAUCCUCCUGAAGACCAGACACAGUGAUGCAAAGGUCCGGUUCUCCUCCCUGGUGAUGCUGAUGGAGCUGGCCUCCAGACUGAAGGAGAACUAUGUGGUUCUGCUCCCAGAGACCAUCCCGUUCUUGGCAGAACUCAUGGAGGACGAGUGUGAAGAGGUGGAGCAGCAGGUCCAGAAGGUGGUUCAGGAGAUGGAGAACAUCCUGGGAGAACCUCUGCAGAACUACUUCUAACAAGUUCUACAAAAACCCAACAGAACCUUGUUCUAAUAAAAGUCUUUUCU